AAAGAUGAGUAAAUGUGGCAAUGGUAUCAAUGGAACCAUUGGUUCUACUGAAAGCAUAGACAUCCAGAAGUACCUGAUCCUGAAGAGCCGCGCAGAGACAAUCUGUAUUACUAUGCUCUUCAUUAUAUUGGCAGCUCUGUGUAUCCUGGAGAAUACCUGGGUCCUCUCCAUGAUCUUUACUUCAACCCAUCUCAGGAAAAAACCUUCCUAUCUGUUUAUUGCCAGUCUGGCUAUGGCAGAUCUACUGGCCAGUUUUAUUUUUUCCUACAGCUUCCUUGACUUCCAUGUUUUCCAUGGAGCAGGUACGCCUCCCAUUUUCUUAUUCAAACUUGGUGGCGUCACCUUAUGCUUUACGGCAUCACUUGGAAGUUUACUUCUUACGGCUUUUGACAGGUACAUUUGUAUUCAUAAGCCAACUGCCUAUAAGACUAUAGUAACCAGAAAAAGAGCAAUCCUGGCAUUGGUCGUAAUGUGGAUCAGCACAAUAAUAAUCUCAUAUUUACCUCUGAUGGGCGUGAAUUGUUGUAUUCUUGUUACCACCUGCUCGGAACUGUUUCCCCUAAUUGAUAAUAAAUAUCUGGCAUGCUGGAUUGUGUUAAUAGUGAUUCUUCUGAGUGCUAUCAUCUUCACCUAUGCCCACGUCCUGUGGAAGGCACACUUUCAUGCAGUUUAUAUGCAGAAGCACAAUUCGCAAACAUUAAGAAAUAACACCCGUGUGAGACUGGACAUCACGUUGGCCAAAACUCUAGCUUUGGUAUUAUUAGUGCUCCUUGUGUGCUGGGCUCCAGUUCUCAUCCUUAUGAUACACAGCUUGCUGUUCUCACUGAGCGAAAGACUGAAGACUGUAUUUGCAUAUUGCAGUACUCUUUGCUUGUUGAACUCUAUGAUCAACCCUCUAGUUUAUGCUCUAAGAAGUAGAGAGUUGCGCCGAAGACUGACAAGAUGUCUUCAAAGGUUUAAAUGCCUGGAGAAACUUUCUGUUAAUGACCUGGAAAUGGAAGCUGCUGAAAAAGACAUGGGUUUUGAUGCCACCUGUGAUGACACGGUGUGUGAUACUGAAUUAAGUAUAUAACAAUUAUUUGCAGUAGGUUAUUGAGUCAACAGUGACUAUAAACAGGAAAAAACAGACACCCAACUGACUUUUCAAAUAAUUGAAUUGCCCCCUAUGAGUACCAGGCUUCUAGAUGAACACCAGGAUUGAAAGUAACUCAUACAUUCCUAACAUGAAAAGUAGGAAACAAGGAUAUUUCAGAUGCAAGGACCAUGGACACUUGGAGAGAGACUGCAUAAUGUAAACAGCAGAGCGACACAUAAAAUGUCAAAAAUGUCCCAAACAGAUAGGUAACAGACUCCAAAUGACUCCAAAGCAUAACAGAUUUCAAAUUACCUGAAAAAUACUGAGAUGAAGCAGCAAUAGCUACUUACAUGUAAAACAGAAUGGUGGUAAAAAAAAAAAAAUGCCAUAUGAACAUUGGUGAGAAACGUAGUAUUUUUUGUUUUGUUUUCUUCUUUUUUUCCCACAGCUUUUAGUCCUCUUGCAUUUGUCA